AGCAGAUGAAGUAUAUUUUAUAUUGGUACUUGCUAAUGGAAUUUGUAUUUGAAAUAUCUAUGGAUUAUUGUAAACAAUUAUCAACAAAAUCUCUUACGAAAAUUCAUGGACAGGCGUUUAAUCCACGUUAUAUGAGCAUCGAUCCUCCAUCCUCUAAUCACGAUGCUGGCAGCAAACGGUCAUCUUACGAAAUCCCAUUUUAUGCUGAUAAAGACGUUGUGUCUGUUGGUGAUUUUCCAGCUUGGGAAACAGAUCAUGUAAUAUUUUAUGAGAAGAAACAAGAGACAGCUUUAAAACAUAAGAGCAUACGCAUUAGAAAUAUUUUCAAUGAACGCACGUUUCCAAAGUCUGAUGUUUUCAAAACUCGACCAUGGGAAUGCCCCUCUAAAAUUGCAUGGUUAGAUUUAGGCUUACAAUAUUUUCCAAGAUAUAUCCGCUCUGUUGAAUGCAUUUCAAAGAAAUGUUGGUAUGGUCAUUUUAACUGCAAGGCUAAAUCGUUUACAAUUAAAAUUUUGAAAAGAAAAAAUGGGUCAUGUAUUCGAAUAAGUGAAAAAUUGCUUAUGGUUACAUUAGAAGAAUUCGAUGCGGAUUACACUGAAUUAUGGGUAUGGGAGGAGAUUUCAAUAAAUUUUUGUUGUGAUUGCGUCAUGCUGCGUUGAAAAAUGAAUAUACAUUUAAUCGUUGGCAUGAAUGAAGUACCAACCACCAUCAUAAUAUACCAGAAGUAAAAAGUAACAAAAGUGAAAAAAUUUUCAGAUGUGUUGCUAUAUUGUCAAAAACAAAUUUAAAAUGCUUGAAAGUAUUCUUUCGAAUUACAGACUUUAUAUUUGCACCUUACUUUGCGCUAUUUUAUGCAUUUAGAACCAUUAUUAUGAAAUUAUUUAAUAAAAUCUAACUUAAUUUAAAAAAAAAA